AUGGCACGCAUUACCUUGUGGGCCACGCUUGGCCUCGCAGCAGUAUCGGCUGUGAUUGCUCUGCCAGCUCCCCCAAGUCAUGCCGUACACGAAGAAAGAUCUGCCCCGCCGGCGAGGUGGCUCAAGAAGGACCGCGUUCCUCCGUCGGCAAAGCUUCUGGUCCGGCUUGGUUUGACUCAGUCGAACCUAGACAUCGGUCCUGAAUACCUGCUGGACGUCUCUCAUCCAGAGUCGCCAAACUAUGGCAAGCACUGGACCGCGGAUCAAGUCAUCGACGCUUUCAAGCCCAGCCAGGACACCGUUGACACCGUUCGUUCAUGGCUCGUUGAUUCCGGCAUCAAGAACCACACCAUAACUCACACGAAAAACCAAGCCUGGCUGGCCUUCCAUGCGUCCGCCAAACAGCUCGAGUCGCUGUUACACACUGAAUACUUCGAGUAUCACGAUCAACACACAGGAGCUGUCUCGCCGUCGACCGACUGCUACCAUCUUCCGCAGCACAUCCGAGAGCAUGUGGAUUACAUCACACCUGGUAUUACCCUUCUGCCGCCCAUGCAUAAGCCAGGGCAACGCCAGCAGUCCACCUCAACUCAACUCGACAGACAGCGGAAGAAGUACUAUGUCCAAGGUUCCAAGCGUUCGACAAGCCGGCGCUCCCCGUACCACGAUGAACAGGGAAGCACAGACUCCUGCGACCAGUCGAUUACGCCAGCCUGUGUAGCAGCACUCUACGAAAUCCCGCAAGCUCGUCUGGCAGACCCCAGCAACAGCAUGGGCAUCCUACAGCUUGGAGACGACCGAUGGGAUCAAUUCGAUCUUGACUUAUACUUCGACGAAUUUGCCCACUGGAUACCCAAAGGUACACACCCGCGCAACGGCGAGAUCAAUGGCGCCGUGUCCUAUACGGAAGACCCUGCCAAUGUCGGCGUGGAGGCUAUGACUGACCUUGCGGCGGCUUACCCGAUUGUUUACCCUCAGAACAUCACAUUCUGGUCCGUGGACGAUGAGUAUCACUGGGCACACUUCUUUGAUCCCAACACCUGGUUUCCCGGAAGACAAGAAGGAACCAUGUACAUCGGUAUGAACAAUUUCCUGGAUGCUAUUGACGGAUCUUUCUGUACCUCUUGCGCUUACGGCGAAUGUGGCAACCUGGACGGAUAUGAUCCGAGCUACCCAGACCUGAACCCGGGUGGAUACCGCGGUGAACUCCAAUGCGGCCAAUUCAAACCCACUAAUGUCAUAUCUAUCUCCUAUGGACUGGCCGAGUUUCAAGUCCCUGUUUCCUUGGCGAGGCGUCAAUGCGCUGAGUACAUGAAGCUCGGACUGCAGGGAAUAUCCUUCGUAGUCGCCAGUGGGGAUGAUGGCGUCGGCAGGUGGGAUCCGAAUGCUAAACAUCAAACCAGCCAGGAGGGAGAAGACACCGUCUUCGCACCGGAUGUCAUGAAUACCUGUCCAUGGGUCACGAGCGUUGGGGCUACGCAAGUGAGUCCUGGACGAACAGUGUCUGAGGCCGAGACUGCGGCACAAAUUGACGGGCAGGGCUUUAGCGGCGGCGGCUUCAGCAACUUGUACCCCAGGCCGGCAUAUCAGAGAGCGGCCGUCGAUGCUUUCUUUGCAGAGCACGAACCGGACAUCCCAUCGUACAGCGGCAUUGUGCCCAACUCAACAGAGCUGAAAGCAUUGCCUGACAUCGGGACAAUUGUUGGCGACAAGGCAGCUGCAGACAUUGAGCUGCCGGAUGGUUCUCACGUCACCGGUGGACAGAUCGCAAGGAAAUACAAUCGCAUUGGUCGCGGGUAUCCUGAUGUUGCUGCCAACGGUGCUAACGUCCCUAACAUCUUGAAUGGCGAGGUCAUUCCAACCUGGGGGACCAGCUUCUCCGCUCCUGUGUUCGCGGCUAUUAUUACCCGCAUCAACGAAGAACGUAUUGCCGUCGGCAAAAGCGCGCUAGGUUUCCUCAAUCCUACCCUGUACGCUCACCCAGAGAUGAUGAACGAUAUCACGGAGGGGUCGAACAAAGGAAGUGGAAGUCUGGGCUUCACAGCAGGCUCGGGCUGGGACCCAGUUACAGGGUUGGGAACGCCCAGUUAUCCGAAGAUGCUGAAGCUGUUUCUUUCGCUGCCCUAG